ACCAAAGAUUUGCGUAUGUGUGGACGUCAGCUUCAACGACGUUGUCACGUUUUUACCACUACUUAACAUUGUCGCUGUAAUACUCGUCCAUAAAUUCUCUCUUCCAUUUAUUCUGGAAUUUGUAAUACCUCAUCUGUAAAAAAUGCCAACAAACUCGAGAAAUUCUUUCGUAACGCAGCUGGAAUAUCUCUGCAACCUCGAUGUGGACAAAGCUUCACAUCCUAUAAAGAAAACGGGAAUAAUCUGUACAAUAGGACCUGCUUCAAAGAAACCAGAAGUGCUGAGCCAAAUGAUCAAAGCCGGAAUGACCAUUGCGCGGCUGAAUUUUUCCCAUGGAACGCACGAAUACCACGCAGAAAAUGUCCGUAUGAUUCGCGAAGUGUUGACGGGAUUCCCGGGACUGCAUUUGCCUAUCGCGCUCGACACCAAAGGCCCCGAAGUGCGCACGGGCACCGUAGAUGGCGACGAAACGAAAGAGAUUCCGCUAAAAACCGGCGCUAUCAUUACGGUGACUACGAAUGAUGAAUUCCGCGAUAAGUGUUCCCCGGAAAUGAUCUACCUGGACUACAAAAACAUCAGCAAAGUAGCCCAACCCGGACAGAGAAUUUUUGUUGAUGACGGGCUUCUGAAUUUUGUUGUAAAGGAAAUCGAUGGCGAAAAUCUGAAAUGCGAAGUGGUGUGCGGUGGAAGCCUUCCCGGGAAAAAAGGCGUUAAUUUAGCCGGUAUCGAUAUUGACCUCCCACCGGUCUCUGAGAAGGACCGGGCGGACCUCCAUUUUGCCGUUCAACACGGGCUGGACAUGAUCUUCGCGUCCUUCGUCCGCAACGCCCAAAAUGUCCAGGCCAUUCGCGAAGCUCUCGGCGAAGACGGCAAACACAUCCUCAUCGUCUCCAAAAUCGAGAACCACCAGGGUUUACGCAAUAUAGAUGAGAUUAUUGAAGCGUCCGACGGGAUUAUGGUAGCGCGCGGCGACCUCGGUGUGCAGAUUCCCCAGGAGAAGCUGAUUGUGGCGCAGAAGAUGAUGAUCGCCAAGUGUAGCCGGGUUGGGAAGCCGGUGAUCUGCGCCACACAGAUGAUGGAAAGUAUGACGCAGAAGCCGCGACCCACCCGCGCGGAAAUCGCCGAUGUGACCAACGCGGUACUGGACGGAGCCGACUGCGUGAUGCUGUCGGGCGAGAGCGCCAAGGGAGCUUAUCCGAUCGACACCGUGCGGACUAUGGCCGAGAUCUGUCUGGAAGCCGAAAAGAUGUUCUUCCAGUGGAGGUUCUUCAACGAGUUGCGACUUCAUACACCCAGCCCCACCGCGCCCACCCAUUCUACCGCUAUCUCGGCCGUGGAGAUUUCCAUACAAAGCGGAGCCACGGCCAUCAUUGUGCUGUCGACGACUGGGCAGGCAGCGCGACUGAUAUCCCGUUACCGGCCGAACUGCCCCGUUAUCGCGGUUAUGGCGGACUAUCGAAUCGCCGCUGCGCUGCAGUUAUACCGUGGUAUUAUCAGCGUCACAGUUGUCGAGGAUGUCGCUGACUGGGUCGCCGAUGCUGAUCGCCGCGUACAAGUGGGUAUCAAAACCGGCCUGCGCAUGGGAUUCGUGCGCACCGGCGAUCCACUAAUCGUCAUCACCGGCUGGAAGCAGGGACAAGGCUACAGUAAUACCAUCCGGGUUAUUGCUGCGCCACCAGAAAACGCCCUCACCGCUGCUCAUUGAAAUUUACACCGACCAAAAAAGGCGACGGUUUUAAACAGUUCCAUAACAGCGUAUUUGCUUUUGUAUAUGUUUUAACUUUUUUAUUUUUUAUUAGUGUUCAGAUGGUGGCGCUAUUUGUUUUCACUAGACAAAUGUUUAACGUAAUCAAAUUUGCCUGUGUUGCUUGAUAAAUAAACGUCACUGUUGGGUAG